ACGCGCACCGCUGAAAGCUCGAUCGCGCGGAUAGUCUUCAGUCAUCUUGCAAAGCUCGGUGCGCGCGGUCGUCUCGUGUGUGUCGAACAUUAAUCGAAUUUUCACGUACGGAGCUAAACUUUUGAUGUGACUGUGUCAAAGUGCUUGUGUUAUUCAACUUUAGUGACGUUUAGUGUUUUAAACUGGUACAUUGGAGGCUGUAGUGACUCUCAGUGAGGUUGCAGAUCCUUGCGGGAUUUGUGUUCAUUCCCAGAAGUUGAAACUAAUGGAUCCCAAUAAGAGGAGUUGAGUUUGUCGGUGAAACAUGAGUCUCGCCGCCAUCGCGUUUUGGCGCGAAAUGCCAAUCGCCGUCAUACUCCUGCUGGCAACGGGGUGUCUCGCUCAAACCAGAGAAAUUGUCUUGGAUAAAGUGUACACGCGUGUAGAAGUUCCAUUAAACGAGCGGGUUCGACUGUCGUGUGGCAUGAGACCCAGUAUCAACAAGUCCACAGUGCUGUGGUACAAAGAUGGAGUCCUUGUCGACAGUCAGAGGAGCAAAUACGUGCAGCAGAAACAUUGGUUGAGGAUAAAGUCAUUCGAUUACACAGAUGUCGGAGUAUUUGUAUGCAAGUUCGACAACGAUGAUGCCACAAAAUUAUCACUUAAGCUCGAAGUGAAGCCAAAUCCUCACAAUCCUGAAAAUGGACGUGAUCACCAAACAGAUAUAACACAAGCUGUGCAGCCAGAAGCCCUGUCACAAGUUGUCAACAAAACACAAGAAGAAGGGCUUUCUUUACCAGACAGCAAACGAUAUGGCAAAGAAGAUGACGAUGAAAGAGCGGAGAAAGAUCAUCCAGGUUAUGGCCAUAUAGAUGAGAAACAGGAUUAUUUCCCUCCUCGAUUCAAGCAUCCCACGAAACUAUAUUACAUGGACAUGAAACCUGCCGGGAACUCUAUAAGAAUGCGAUGCGCCGCUGAAGGGAACCCUACGCCGAACAUAACUUGGUAUAAGAACCGAAGUACACCAAUAACUAGGAUGUUCUUCCAACCGUCUUAUGGAAAAUGGUCCAUGGGUAUGGAAGAAUUGACAAAGGCUGACAAUGGAAAUUAUACUUGCGUUGUUUGUAAUAUACUCGGCUGCAUCGAGCAUACUCUUGCUCUGCACGUUCAAGAGCGUCUUUACGCGAAGCCUGUCCUGACGGCAGGAGCUGACAACCAAACGGUGUUGGUCGGGGAAACCGCUCGUUUCAGCUGUCAGUUUCUCACUGACAUGCAUCCGUCAGUCUACUGGAUGUACUUUACAAGAGACGAGACCUUCGAGAACGUUACUGUUAACCCCGCUGAUGUAACGCUACAGCAGUCGAUGGUCUACUACGACAAAAAUAAAGUAGUCACGAGUGAAAAUCCGGAGGAUAAGCCAGAACAUCUGACGAUAUACAAUGUAACGAAGGAGGAUGAAGGGUGGUACGUCUGUAUCGCCCUCAACAGUUUAGGGAACACAACGGCUAAGGGAUACCUAACUGUAUUGGAAUCGCCCCCAGUACAAGAAGCGCCAGACCAUGGAAAGCACACAUUACUGAUAAACAUCCUAACAGUAGUACUGGGAGCUAUGUUCUUCGUAGCUGCUAUCAUAGUGGUGAUGAUUUGCAAGAAGUUGAAGAGAGAGAAAGAGCAGAAACAGCUGGCGAUAGAGACUGCGAGGGCUGUGAUAGUGACGCAUUGGACGAAGAAGGUCACUGUUGAGAAACCACAGAUGAAUGGGUCGCCUACUGCUACCGGCGAAGCUUUGCUAAUGCCAGUCGUGAAAAUCGAGAAACAAAAGCUGCAACAGGUCCAGAACACGACGAGCGAUUCGAUGAUGAUGUCGGAGUACGAGCUGCCGAUGGACAUCGACUGGGAAGUUCCUCGGGACUCCCUGUGCAUUGGGAAGGUGCUUGGUGAAGGAGAGUUUGGAAAGGUCGUCAAGGCGGAGUGCGUGGGGAUAUUGAAACCUGGCAUGCAGUCUGUGGUCGCUGUUAAGAUGUUGAAAGAGGGCCACACGGACGCGGAGAUGAUGGCUCUAGUCUCCGAGAUGGAGAUGAUGAAGAUGAUAGGCAAGCACGUGAACAUCAUCAACUUGUUAGGAUGCUGCACACAAGACGGGCCGCUAUACGUCAUCGUGGAGUACGCGCCCAAUGGAAACUUGAGAGAGUUCCUCAGGAACCACCGACCUGGAAAUAGAUACGAGUCGCCAACAGAAGACUUGAAGGAAAAGAAAACACUAACACAAAAGGAUUUAGUUUCAUUCUCAUAUCAAGUUGCGAGAGGAAUGGAAUACUUAGCUUCUAGACGGUGUAUCCACCGCGACUUGGCAGCGCGUAACGUCCUCGUCUCCGACGACUGCAUCCUCAAGAUAGCUGACUUCGGUCUGGCCAAGGAUGUCCACAGCAACGACUAUUACAGGAAGAAGACGGAAGGCAGGCUCCCAGUCCGAUGGAUGGCUCCAGAGUCGCUUUAUCACAAAGUUUUUACUACUCAGACUGAUGUCUGGUCGUUCGGCGUGCUCCUGUGGGAGAUAAUGACGCUGGGCGGCACGCCGUACCCGACCGUCCCGGGGCAGUACAUGUACCAGCACCUCAGCGCAGGACAUCGGAUGGAGAAACCGCCGUGCUGUAGUCUUGAAAUAUACAUGCUGAUGCGCGAGUGCUGGUCCUUCUCCCCAGGAGACAGACCCUCAUUUACUGAACUGGUGGAAGACCUGGACAAGAUCCUAACAGUCACCGCCAACCAAGAAUACUUGGACCUUGGUCUACCACAACUGGACACUCCACCAUCGAGCUACGAUGGCUCAGGAGACGAAAGUGAUAGUGACUUCCCCUUCAUCAAGUAGACUUUUGGAAGUAGCAAUGAACAGUAUUACUCUCAAGUGUGGUCUAGUGUGUUGUGUAAGGGAUUUUGGAAAUUUAAACUCGUAAAUUGGACUACUGGUGUUGAUAGUCUUUGUAUGAGUUCUAAAGUGUACCUUGAAUUUUAAAUGCCGAAAAUUGGAGCUGGAUAGAAUUCAAGGGGUGAAUAGAUCUCUUCUGAAUCCAUUCACCCCUUGAAUUUUAUUGGCCCCGUUUUACCGUAACGUUUUAGUUUCGUCUUGGAAAAAGGAAUUAAAAAUAUUGGACAGUAAAGUUCUAUUCAUUAUUCAAUUGUUUUUCAAGACGAAAUCUAAUGUUUUUUUUAAUAGUAAAAAAAAUAUUGUGAGACUACAGACCAGACAGACCCUUAGUAAGCGUUUGGUUUAUUAAACAAACUUGUACAUGGGUACAGAACACAUAGGGUGGGCUAGUGGCUAGCCAGGUAUCAUCAGAGUAGCUUUGAAGUUUAGAAGCCUUUGGGUGAUCCCGAAACCAUUAAAAUAAGUACUAAAUUUGAAUUAAAUUAGGCAUCGAAACUGGUCGUAGCAGAAAUAAAUUCUUAAAAUACUGUUCGCUACUAUCAACGAAUAGAUGAACUUAAUAUUGAACCCACCAAUAUCAAUUGUAUUGUAUUUGAUAUCUUUAGGUAGAAUGUUACAAUGAAUAUGAGAUUUUUAGACAAGGAAGAAACGUUAUUAUAAAGUGCUAAAAGCAAAAAUUGAUACUUAUAGCACAUUAUAAUAAAUCUGUUGUAGAAAAAUUGUCCCUUCUUUUAGUACCUUUAGGUUCAUUUUGAAUUAUACGUAAAAAUUUUAAUGGAUAUGUAUUUUCGAAAUAGAACCUAAAGGGACUCACUGUUUUGACUGAAUUAUGGAGUAUUAUAUUAAAAAGAGAUUUAUAAACGCUCUUUAUGAGAACUUUUAUCCUUCUUAGGAUCAUCAAAUAGUAUGUUCGACUCUCUAUUUCUAUAGAUGUAAGAGAAAUGUAUCUUGAGUUCAUCAUGGAGCUUAGGUUCGGUGACCGAAUUUGAUCCAUUGGAUCAAAUUUUUACCAAGUCAAAAUUGCAUGAAAAUACGUGACUACGUGUCAUGUUAUUUAAUUUUAAGAUAUUUUUACCUUGUUUAGAUUACGUAUUUAUUUAGAUUUAAGUUUAUAUUUUUACACAAAAUGCGAAACAAAGUAUUGCAUAAUAUUUGCGUGUAAAUAUAAAUAUUUAGGAAUACAAUUACCUUUGGGGUUUAAUGUAAAUAUUCUAGUACCAAAGUUUGUGUUUUUCUUUUAAUGUAUUAUAAAAUAAUUAUUGUGAAGUUUAAAGCAUUUUAUGAGGCGAUGUUACAAAACACAUUUUUUGACUAAAAAUAACAUCUAGUCUAUUUUUGAAGGACGGAGAAGAUUUUUAUAAUAAGUAUUGUCGUUUAGGUAUUUGUUUUUAAGAUUUAUCACAAAAUAUAAUGGCUGUUACAUUGACUUAGGUAUUUUUCAAAACAAACAAACACGCAGAUAGUUAAGUAAAAUCAAAAUGUUUAGGAUCAUUUUUCCUACAAGUCCAUUACCCAGUCAAUUAUUUAGUUUAAAACCACAGACUAUGAUAUCGAGUCUUUUUAUAGGAUGCAUUUCACCACCAAAUCUUUUUGUACUUAAUUAAUAAUAAUUAUUUUAGUUAUUAAAAAACGUGUAACCAAUUAGCAAAGGAAAUUAUUAUGAGAUUAUUUUGUAAAUAGUAGAUAGGUAUUUGAUUUAAUUAUUAUCUAGUUGCGAAGAAUGAGUUUGUCAUACGGUACCCGUCUUUUGGGGAUUCUAGUGGGAAUUUUUUGAAAGCCAUUAUUGUAACCUUUGAGACAUACUAAAUUGAUUAUUAUGUUAUCGGCUUACUCACGUAACUGUGUGACGAGGAACUCGACUAGUUUCAAGCCAUGCUAGUAGCUCUUAUUUAUGAGCAGCAUUCCGCGACAUACGAACGCGGCGAUUCAUUAGCAGCUUGACAAACGUCAGUUCCUCGUCAAACAGUUACGUGGGUAAGCCGAUAACAUAAUAAUUAUUUUUUGAAAAUUGUGAAAUUUUAAAAAUAAUUGAUAUUUAUAUUUAUUAUUUUUUAUGACAUCACCGUUAUUGGUAUUUUAGAUAUUUUAUAUUCAUUUAUUUAUAAUCUUUGUAUGACUACUUUUGUCUGACUAUUGUCUGUGCCUUAUUAUAAAAUGUUUGAAUAAUGUUCUAGUAAAUACUUUGGCAGUCCUUUUAUGUAUAUUUGAUGGAUGUGUGCGUAUAAAUGGAGUUGUAAGAAUAUAUAAUGAAAUAAAGAUUUAUAGUGCGAAUGUAA